GGAAAAGUCAUCAACUGCCGAGCCGAGAAGUUCGUGACAAAUCGAAUUUACUGGAGCGCAGUCACCUGACCACUUGUAUGUAUCCUACUAUACAGGGAGCGCAGUCACAUGACUGAUUGUAUGUAUCCUCGUCUACGCUAAAGAAAUAUGUGGAGCGUGACAUGGUCCCGAGAGGACUUAGAUUGAGAAAGUUCCCAACCACGAUCUUCUCCGAACAGUUUAAGGCAGAAUGGGAAGAACUGUUAAAUGACUCAUCCCUCAGGUUUGUCAAGCUUAUUAUCAAACAUGAGGAGACUGCCUUAACCGAGAUUACAUCUAAAAUAUCGGAACUACAGAAUUCUAUCUCCAAGUACGAACAUCAUCCCACUUAUGUGGAUCUCAAUCAAAAAAUCAGUGGGAACAUUGUUAAAAUGGAGACUCUGAUAUCUCAAACCAAGGAGAACAAGUUCCUUCGAGAUCUGCAAGACUAUAAGUCCAACCAUGUCUAUGAGUGGCCACAGAACAGAUCAACGAAAUCAACUCCGAAGUCAAUCCUGAAAAAUCACAGGAAUUAUAAAAAAUAUAACAGAAACAACAAACCAGCAAGGGUCAGCUUCAGUGAAACGGAUGCGGAUUCCAUGUCCGGAACGGAGCCAAAUGAGAUGUCUGUUCCGCAUACUCCAGAAGCAGCGUCUUCCCCUCUUCCUCAGUCCCGUAAAGCAAAGUCUGCAAAAAACGACGCCGGGGCCGCAAGCAUCACGGCCGUAAAGAGAACCCGAAGACAUCAAGUCAAACCGACCUAACAUGUAUUCCGGUCUUCAACCUCUCUGCGUGGAUCCUGUCUGAGCCGCAAUUAAAGGUACUUUCUAAA